UCCUCCAAGGAAAUUGAAUGUAUUAGUAAUCAUAAUUACUCGUACUACAAACAAAUAUGGAUACAUUGUAAUGCAAAAAUGCGAUUAAAAGGGUAUAUAUCUAAGAAGAAGAAUUAUGUCCUUGUAACAUAGUCCAUAAAUACGUUGCGAUCGACGCAGUAUUUUUUAUAAAGCUUGCGAGCUCACGAGACUGUGAUAAAUCUGUAAAUUCGCAUGCAAAUUUGAUAAUGUGUGUUUAAUAUAAAUAAAUAUAUAUUUAUGUUUAAAUUAAAAAAAAUUAAACAUUAGAAAAAAGUAAUAAAUACCUGUUAUUUUGAAAAUCAUAUCAUUAAAUUAUUUUUAAAGUGACUGUUUUUUUUUAUGGAAUGUGAUACAUCUGUGGUACCUUGAUACUAAGGAUACUACCAUAAUUCAGUAAACAUGGCUGCUUUUAACAAAAUCUCGAGCACGUAUAAACCUGUCGCCGAAUAUUAUGCAGGGAAAUCUUUAUUCAUAACGGGCGGCACAGGAUUUCUUGGAAAGGUUUUAAUAGAAAAACUGUUAUACAGUUGCAAGGAUAUAGACAAAAUUUACAUUUUGGUACGCAAUAAAAACAAUAUAGAGGUCAACAAAAGGAUGAAUCAAAUGUUAAAUAAUCCUCUUUUUACGAGAUUAAAGCAAAACAAAGCAGAUUGUUUGACAAAAUUGAUUCCGAUUGUUGGCGAUAUCACUGAACGGAACUUGGGAAUGACGCCUGCGGACGAGCGGCUUUUAAUCGAAAAGGUAUCCGUCGUAUUUCAUUCGGCCGCUACAGUACAAUUUAAUGAUCCGUUACCAGAAGCUGUGAGAGUAAACGUGGAAGGUACGAAGAAUAUCAUCGAUUUUUGUCAUAAAUUGAAGAAUAUAGAUAUGCUUGUUCAUAUUUCAACAAUAUACGCCAACUGUAAUAGAAAAAUUAUUGAAGAAAUAGUAUAUCCACCUCCUGUGGACUUUACUGAGUUGAAUACAUACAUACAGACAGUUUCAUGUGACGAGAAAACAACGACAAAUAUUCUAGGUAACAAGCCGAAUACAUAUACAUUCACGAAAGCGAUCGCCGAGUCUUUAAUAGAGAAGGAACAUGGAAAAAUACCAACCGUCAUAAUCCGGCCAUCCAUCGUAGGCCCAAUAAAAAACGAUCCAUACCCUGGAUGGUUGGACAAUUGGUUUGGUGGUACGAGCCUAUUCUGGUACACUUCGAUUGGCUUGCUUCGCAUCUUACCGGGAAGUGCCGACGGCGUGGUCGAUAUCAUCCCGGUGGAUUACGUAUGCAAUCUUAUGAUAGUGGCGGCUGUUAAAUGUCAAAGAUCGAAAUUAUUACACGUGUAUAAUUCGUGUACCAGUGAAUGCAAUCCCGUAACUAUGAAUGAACUAACUAAACUGGUACUGCAGGAAAAAAACAAUAAUUAUUUCACGUAUCCUAAAGUGCAUUUUACUACUUCGAAAAACAUGAUGAUGCUUUUGAGUUUUGUGCUAGAAACUAUACCAGCUUAUGUCGGGGAUAUUUGGUUAUGGAUAACUGGUCGAAAAAUGAGAUUAGUUAAACUACAUUCCAUUAUGAACAAUCACCGGGAAAAGUUGGAAUACUUCACGUCGAAUUACUGGCAGGCACGAUGCAAUAAUACGAAAUCCCUCAUCGUUUCGUUAUCGGACGUCGACAGAAAAACGUUCUGCUGCGACUCCACGGAUAUAAACUGGAAAGAGUACAUUCAAACCUAUCUUGUAGGAAUACGCAAGUAUUUGUUGAGAUCUAAUGAUUGAUAAUUAAAUUAUAUUAUAUUAUAUA